CUCAGCCGUGCAAGAUCAUCGGUUAAACAAACGUAUCGAAUACAUUAAACAACAAAGUUCUUGGAUAAAUAUUUUGACGAAGACACCUUUUGAAGUUGUGCAUAUUGAACAUGACCCAUGGAGUUUAUAAAGCGCAGUAUCGGAGAUCUGGGAACGAGGUAAGGAAAUGCUUUACCCCCGCGAGAGUUCUUUAAUUAAUCGAGGGUAUUCGUGAAAAAAACUGUUUGCGUUACAGCGCUUUUGUCUCACAGAUAUGACGUAAGGUCAAGGGUAGCAAUCAAAGAAUGUUUACUUUCAUCAGAGCUGUUUUCCAUAUUCUCCAAGCCAGCGCCAAAGCGAUCCUUGAGAAAAAUACCCAAGGUUCCCCUGGUACUUACAAAGAUCCGAUUACGUUUAGUAACUCACUGUUUUGUUAGCAUUUUUUCGCUUAGGAUGUCAAGGAUGGCGGCGUCGAUGCCCGAAUUUUAAAGAUAUGCAAAUCUUGCUAGAAGUGCUGUGUGCAUGAAUAAUUACAGCCUCACUGCUGAGUGGACAUCACAGCGAAGGUGAAUUGUUUUAGGUGAUCUCGCGCUGCGCGAAAACUAAACAACAACGUCAGUUUGUUUUAUAACUUGGCCUUUGGGGAUGAAUUCUUCAGUGGAAAAUGGAAGUUAAAGUAUUCAACGAACGAAACAUUGUCGUCGAGACCGUUUUCUAGCGGUUUUUGUCUGGGAUUUCGUUGCUAACUCGAUCAGCUUCGUGCGACGUUCUGGUUGCCUGGUUUCAAAUUUUGGCGUCGUCGACGUUGCUUGUCAAUCCUCAAAAUAGUCCUCGAUAAACGUGUCCCGAAUUGGACUCGCUUUAGAUGUCAUCAACUUACAUUGGAUUUCAACAACAAGGAUUCCAAGCCCCAAAAUUCGUCAUUGGAACGUUAACUGUUCACAAAGACUUUGAAGGACGAGUUUUGUGGAAAGUUUACGAAUGGUCACCUGGUUGUUAACGGGAUGAUUUAGGAGAUCAAUUUUGUGAUAUUAAUUGCCGACUUUGUGGUUGUAAAAAGACUCGUGUAUACAAAAGAGGAGUAUUUAGUUUUAACUUUACGCUUAGAGUUGUUUCAUCAACAUGAGAACAAACGAGAAUUGGCCCGAAGCUUUCGGUUUCACCGUCGGUGGAAAGGUACCUGUGGUUAUUUUGUCUGUGGACGAGAAUUCCGUAGCACAACGGGCAGGUCUUCAGCCUGGCGAUCAAAUACUCGAAGUCAAUGGGGAAAACGUACAAGGUUUAAGCAGAGAAGAAAUAAUCUUAUUAGCAAAACGAUCGCGAACAGUUCCACCAGCACUUGCGGUAAUUUCUCGCAUUAGAACGUUCGAUCUGCGUCGUCGAAGAGGUCGCUUUGGAUUUUCGGUUCGCGGUAAAGGACCCGUGUUCAUUGCAGAUGUAGAGCAAGGAAGUCCCGCUCAAAAUGUCGGCAUUCGGCGCGGCGAUCUUAUUCUUCGGAUAAAUGGUGUCAACUUGAGACAAAUGAAUGAAGAUCAAGUCGGACAAAUGAUCGAUACUUGCGGACCAACGAUUUCUCUAGUGCUAAUCGCCGGAGCGGCCGACAUCGGGAUAACUGACAAACGAGGUGGAAAAAGUUCUUCUUCGAGGUACAGAAGAGCCAGAGAUUUCUUCGUGCAGAUGAAUUAUUAUCUAGCUGGUAAUGAAACGGUCAAAAAGCAGCUCAUCAAGGCCCUUAAUCAGUAUGCACGAGACAGGUCCAUUGAGCAACUGGCACAGAGCCUGAAAGGAAUCCUUCGGACCCCUGUAGAGAGAAAACUGUUGGGAGACAUAAGGAGUUUCAUCCCCAAGAGUGAACAACCAUUGUUUGACAUCCUUGUCGGAAUGAAUGGUGAGAUAAUGCAUACCAAGAGACAGCCUGCUGAUGAAGAUUUUUUGCCGGAUUUUUCAAGUGCCUCUGACUUAGAAUUCUCAGAAUACAACAGCCGUAAUACUGGUGCUCUUGGCAGGUUUGGCACUUGGUCAGUUGGAACAAGUAAUCAAUACAGGGAUCUGACAAGACAGCCAACACGAGAGAGAACUGCUGGACCUCCAAGGACUGUACAAGUCAGACGAGAAGGACCUGGUGCUGGGUUUGGUUUUACACUCAGUGGGAGUUCACCGGUGUUCAUCAAAACUGUUGACAGAGGAGGAGCAGCGUCCAAUGCUGGGAUCAAGGCUGGUGAUCAUAUACUAGAAAUAAAUGGAUUAAAUGUAAGGGGAAAGCCCCACCUUCAUGUUGUACAGCUUUUGAAGGGAAGUGGCUCACAGCCAACCCUAUUGGUUCAGUGGCAUCCCACCAGUGCAUUGAAACCCCAGUCGUCAAUGUCAUCACUUCUGUCAUCCAGCAAGUCUUCUCAGCUGUCUGUCACAUUUGAAAAUGAACGACCUGCAACUGUGUCAAGGUGUUCAUCUAUGGCAUCCAAAGCUUUGUCAUUCAGAAGUGAUCUGUUCAUGAAUGGAGCAGGGUACAACAGGAAUGACCUUCGAUCGCUUUCCAGGCAGUUUAAAAUCCAGAUGAGUCAACUUCUCACACGCGGUGAACAACUUGUUGUCAAACAAAGCCUUAAUCAAUACAGCAAAGAUAGAAAUGUACAAAGACUCAUCAGAGCAUUGGAUCCUGUUCUGGAUGAUGGAGCCAAGCUGCAGAUGUUACACUACUUGAGCGAGCUUCUACCUGAAGCAGAACAGCAAGCAUUUGACAGAGCAGCUGCAAGAAUGAUCUCUAGGAAAAUGGACACUGGUGUUGUCCCUAGUCUGGAAACGAAUGAUGAUGAAGUUGUUGAUGUACUGUACCGAGUGCAAGGCAUGCGGCUUGCUGAUGCACCAAGACCUCGUAAUACCACACCGGGAGGAGUAUUACCUGACGAGCCAUAUGGUAACUGGCCUUCAUCAGGAGCUGUCAGGGGUCGCCUGAGCCCCGGGUUUGGUUAUGGUUCAGACCUGGAUACAGUUCCUGUGCGUGACACUAGAUCCAGGAAUGGUACCCCUGAUUCUGGGUGGGAUGAUGAUGAGGACGAUCUUGAUCUUGCAGGGCUUGAAGAGCUAGCGGAUGCAUUAUUGGCGGAUGAAAUCAGGAAGUCUAGUGUAACAAGAAUUCAGACUCAAGCACAGGUCCACCACAGCCCUGUAACAGCAUCCUCAUCUGGGACACAGGCGUCCUCUGGUACAGGAAUGGUCACUUCAACUCCUCGCUCAGUGAGUGGAGAUAGCGGCAUUGGAGAUGGUUCCGUUGAAGGGUCUGAAGUCUCUGUGGAGAAGAUUCAGCAUCAGCUGGCGAUCACUACACAGGAGUUGAUGGAGACCAAACAGGCUUUGGAUAAGAGCGAGAAAAUGAUAUCAGAAAUGAAAGAGACUGGAGACCGUGGUAGUGAACCUAGCUCUCCAAACGGGGCCGAGAAUCCGUUAGACGCUGCAGUAAAAGCACGCCGAAAGGAUAAAGAUGAAGAGAAGGAGACCGGAGAGAAUGAAGCAAGCACAACUGUCGCCCCUCCACCGCCACCUCCCCCCGUGGGAGCACCCCCUCCCCCGCCUCCGCCUCCACCACCCCCUCCCCCACCGGCAGCUCCGCCUCCUAUGGGUGGUCCUGGAAACCUAGGCGGACAGAUGCAACUGAAGAGAGUAAACUGGGAAAAACUGAGUAUUGCUGGGCUGGAAGAUACUGUGUGGGGACAGUUGCGGCAAAACGAACCAUCAGAAGAAGUUAUUGAGUUUAUUCAACUUGAGCAAAGUUUCAGUGCGAUACAGAAGGCUUCAAGCAAAGAAGAAAAGAAGCCUGCUAAACCAGCCGUGAUGAAUCCCAAGAAAUCUUACAACAUAGCAAUUUUACUGGGUCACUUGAAAAUUCCAUUCGAGGAGAUCAAACAAGCGCUGCUAGCGAUGGACGAGAACAGGUUUACUGAGUCUCAUUUGAAACAGCUUCUCCUUUAUGCUCCGGAUAAAGAAGAGCUUCAAAAGUUCAAAUACUUUGCCGACGAUGUUACUAAGCUGGAUAAAGCGGACAGGUUCUGUUACGAAAUGAGCAAGGUGUCUUGGUACAAGCAGCGGUUAAAAGCCCUACUCUUCAAGGCUCGCUUUGCAGACAAAGUGGAAGAGAUCAAGCCGGACCUAGAAUCGGUUCUUGAUGCUUCAGAAGAAUUGAGGAGGAGUCCAAAACUGCAGAAGAUCUUAGAGUUGGUUUUGGCGAUGGGUAAUUACAUGAAUAAAGGCAACAUGAGAAUAGGAUCAGCGGUUGGCUUCAAGAUUGAAUAUUUAAAUAAGCUCACCAACACUAAGACGUCAGACAACAAGUCCACGCUGUUGCACUUUUUGGUGCAAUCAAUUGAAUCAAAAUGUCCCGAAGUUUUGAACAUUAAGGAAGAAAUUUCCUCGGUCCCAACGGCUGCGAAAGUUUCAGGGCAAAUGGUCGCAUGUGAAGUGGAAGAGUUGGCGGCUGGAAUGAAGGAGUUGAAAUCCGACCUCGGAGCGUUCCGAUCACUUAAGUCCCAAGAUCCAAAUGAUCGCUUUUCCCUGGCGGUUAAGAGCAUUAUUGACGAAACUGAAGGUGAACUGAAUGAUCUACUCAGCUUGCAAGAAAAAUCCACCGGCGAGUUCCGAGAAACUGUGAAAUUCUUUGGAGAAAAACCGUCCUCAGCCACCACAGAAGAUUUCUUUGGUAUUUUCGCCGCGUUUCUUAUGCAUUUUGAGAGGGCGCAUGCAGAAAACUUAUCCAAGUUGAAGUUGAAGGAGGAGCAAGCCAAAAGAGAGAAACAAAGAGAGGAACGCGCAAAACAGCUGAAGAAAGAGCGCAGUAUGAGCGAUCCUGAUUUUGAACCAAAAGAUGAGCUGAAGAGGAGUUUAGAAGAAUUCCAACUUAAGAAACGCCUUCAGAGUCAGAGCAGCAGUGAAGACGUGUUUUCUCCGUUGUCCUCUCCUCGUAAACUGUCAAAUGACACAGGGGCGAAGUCUGUGGAACCACAACCGACUACGAAUUGGACUGUCGUGGAAGUUGGUUCAUCGUCGCCGCCAAAGCAAGAACCGCCGCCAAAGCUAGAAGCGCCGCCAAAGCUAGAAGUUCCAAGGCAAGAAGCUUCAAAGAUUGUCAUAGAGCGCGCGAAGCCACAGGUGCCUACUAAACCUAAACCAGCGCCGCCGAAGACGAAACCGAAAUCGCCAAGUAAAGAGUUCAGUGCCCCUAAAUACACUGUGACCACAACAUCCACCAAUGUCAAGUCUCCCAGUAACGUGGCGCCUUCGGAGCGUGUCAGUGACUACCAGGAAAUCAGAACAGACGGAAAUACUAGAAAAGUAGAACUUCCGAAACUUGAAUUGAAGAGCGAUGCAGCAGAAGACAAAACAAUACCCAGUACAUCCCCAAAUGGUGGUGUGAGAGGUAUGAUGUCUUUGUUUGAAGGAGGAAAGCAGCAGAUGCCUUCUUAUUCCAAACCAGACAUAUCUCAAAAGAAGCCUAGACCUUUUCCCACCAGUGAGAACAAAGCUCCCAGUGUAACCGAGAAAACGAAGGAUGAAGACAUCGUUGAGGUGUCUCCAGCAAUUCCUGAUCGCGGGUAUACAGAGGAAGACGUAUCAUCUUUAUCGCUGAGUCCCAAGCCCUUGCCUCCAACCCCGCCGGUAAGCGGCAGUUUGCCUCAAAUGUCCCCGAAACAAAAUCGUUUCAAUUCGUUGAAGACCAGCACCAGCCCGGUCAACAGCACUUCAGAUAUUGACGAGAAUCCUUACGAAGUUGUGACACCUUGCCAAAAGGAGACUUCUCCUGUCCCCCCUACACCUCCUCUUCAUCAGCGUCGCUUUGAAGGCAGACACGACAUGCCCCCGGCCCCGCCCAGCGCGUUCAGGGAUAGACGUCCAGAACCCCCUGCUCGUGAUGUUAGUCUGGCAAGCUCGUCUCCAUCCCGUCCUUCCACUGUGACAGUAGACUCAGAUUACGCAGAAGUGGUGGAAUCUGUCCGCAGGUCGCUUGUUUCAAAUGAAAGUCCGUACUCUGAGGUGGAAGAUACUGCCGCAAUACCGGAGGUAGAAGCGUACUACACCACUGAUAUUCUUCGCAACUUGCCUACUAAAACUGGAGGAGAUGCAAAGCGUGUUCCGCCUCCUAAACCUCUUCCUUACCAACUGAAGAACGCGGUGGAAGAUGAUUCCAAACCGAAAAUUCUGUCUCAUCCAAAGCCCGUCAAAACACCACCCGCCAUACCUGCCCCAUAUCGGCCGAAACGUUUUCAAGAGGAUCUUCCAAAUGACGUUGUCCCAUCGGACGAGGGUAAACUGAAAUCUCCUGUCUCUCCGACCUCACCACGAGUUCCUGUUGUGAUGCCUGGGUCGCCAAGACUUUCCUCAGCUAGAAUUGUAUCAGACUCCGCACCUUCUUCGACAUCUUCAUCCCCUAACUUAGAAAGGUCUCCAAAGUUAAAACCACCCCCACCCCCAAGAGUAUCGUCCAUAGCAGAUCCUACAAAGGGGAAAGUGACUCAGGCAGCAAAAAGCCCGGAUGAAGAGAACCGUUUGAAUGCCUACAGUCCAGUCAAUGGUGUCUUGGAACACUUUGACAAGAAUGAAAUUCCCACUAGAGACUUUGAUACUGCAUUGUCUUCCAAACCUAAUGUACUGCUUAAACCUCAAUUCGGUUCGAGACCGAGUCAUGCCGUAGAAGAAGCCGGACCGCCAAGCUUUCAGCCUCCGCCGCCGCCAAAGCUAUCAUCUCUCGUCCCCAGGGCUAACGGGGUAAAUUCCGGUUCUGUUUCGCCGGACCGUGAAAGAGCUGGAUCCCAGAACGGUAUGGAUUCUUUUGGAAUUAUUGCUCCGCCUCCGAUGGAGUGGAUGGAUGGCAAAACUGGACGUUCAUCUUCAAGAACAAGUGUAGAUUCCCUGGAUCUUAAAAUUGUUCCGCCGCCUCCUGUUCACUUUAAAGAACUCGGCAAUAAUAACGACCAACAAACUGUAAGCUCGGCAUUUGAUAUCUCGACUGUAAAUCCACCUUCCGGCUGGCAAGAAGGACCAGAGGACACUAACCUUAACAACGUCUCGCUUAAUUCCAGGAAUUCGAAAUCGGGGUUUAAAAAGGGGUAUUGGAAAAGCAGUGGGAAUGUGGACUAUGAUAUUGCGAUUGUUCCCCCUCCCCCUCCCAGUGAACCACCUCCGACCUUACCCCUGUCCGGUCCGUUGGAUUACGAGUUAGAUUUGAUUCCUUCCCCCUUAUCCGACGGCCCAGGGGGAUUAAAUAUAGAGAACAUUCCUGGCGAUCUUGAUACCACCCUGUCAGCGACUUCGGACGACGAAGAUUUACCACCUGCUCCACUUCCCCCUGGGGAGCGCUAUGCUGGAGUACCCCCACCACCCGGAGAUGGCAUAAGCAAGCCCCUGGUACCCCCACUGAGAAAGCAAAGAUAACAGCCACUGCCCUUUCAGCUGAUUGUUCAAUCACGCUAUGCUGAUGUCACGCUUUGUGUCAUGCCGUGUUGAUUUCACGUCACGGUUGGCUCACGCCAAAGUUGUGAAGGAAAUGCAGUUGCAUAUUUUUGUGAACAAUGUAACGAUGAUAUUAAUGAUAAAUUUUAAAAAUAAACUUUUUGGCUUUAACCGAUUUGGAUAGGCCCAAUGAAUUUAUUUUAGAUAAAUGGAGUUCUAGUUUAAAAUUUAGGUGAGAAAAACGUUGAUUUUGAAGCUAUACCUCUAAUCGUAGUGGCAGGGGUUUUUUUUGUAUCGUUUGUUUCUCAUUUACCCAAAGCGCGAUGCGAACAUUUAUAGCCGUAUUUAAGCGACAAGUGUAGAUAUAAAGCUAUCUUUUUUGGCGAGAUAGACUGGAUUAUAUUGCGUGCUUAUUAUUUGUACAGCUGAACGUUUUUUUUUUAAAUAUACAUAACAAGUGCGAAGUGAGAUAAAUUUAUGUCUAUUCAGAGUUACAAAGAGAAAAAACUACAGUAGUUGGAUUUUGUUCAUGCUAAACUGGGCAAAGGAAAGUUUCCGCCAUCUUGAUUUAGUUUUUUUCUUGUUAAUAACUAAGAAUGUAAAACAAACUGAGGUAUAUUUACUUAGUAAAGAUAACGUCAUUCGCUCGUCGUAGGAUUAGUUUUGAAAGAUUAUCACAGUGUAAUGUAAAUACUCAAAGCAAUGCAAGAAGUUUGUAACAUGAAUACAAGAGUGAAAUUUGGCAGAAGAUAUUAAAAGUUUAACUGGCAAGUCUGUCAAUGAAUUUUA